UUGACAGUGACCACUUCACCACGAUCCCGACAACACCCAACGACCACCGAAACAAUGGGCGAUUCAUCCGUCGUAGCACCAUCCUGGCGACAGGUCGAGGUUGGCCGAGUCGUUCACUUCGGCAGCGGCCCAUAUGCUGGCAGAAUCGCCGCCAUUGUUCAGAUCAUCGACCACAAGCGCGUCCUUGUGGAUGGCCCAUCGAAGGUCUCUGAGCUUACAGUCCCACGUCACGCCGCUGCCCUUAACUCACUCUCCCUCACUGGACUCGUCAUUCCUAAGCUUCCUCUUGGAGCUGGUGUCACUGCUCUCUCAAAGAAAUGGGAGGAAUUUGGUGUGGACAAGAAGUGGACCGAGAGUCCAUACGCAAAGAAGAUCGAGAAGGCUACCCGGAGAAAGGGAUUGAGCGACUUUGAGCGCUUCAAGGUGAUGCGCCUGAGGAAGCAGGCCCGCUUCGAGACUCGCAAGGCUCUUGCUACUGCCAAGGCAUAAAUGGCGACAUGAUGCUCCAUACCCUCAUGCAUCAUGGCAGCACUUGUACGGCAGCGUAUGCAUUUCACUCGGAACAGGAUGGGCUGACUUGUACCACCUGGGCGAACGGCGGGCGCAUGGUGGAAGAAAAAGGCUAUCUUCAGGCUUUUGAUAGCGAUUCGAGCAUGGCCCUCAGUGGGUUCUUAAAUGUCGUAACGUGAAAUUCUCAAUAUCUGUCUCACUGCCACUUUGUUUCUAUCACCUUCAAUGCAAUUCGAGUGAAUUUUAUGUAUUUACAUGAAGUCAUAUGUAUUUAUCCGACCAAAGUGGGCGUGGUUUCGGUGGCCUUGGCAAUAAUCUCUC